AUGGCUAGUCGUGAGAGAAUAACUCAUUUAAUUCCAAAUCCUGAUGCGAUGAGAAGACGGGAAUCUACUCGCGAGUGGAGAUAUUCUCAGCCGGAUGGAAAUCCUAAUAAACGAUUUCGGGAUGAUGGUGAUAUCAUCAAAAUGCGAGCUAAAUUGCCGCGAGUGACACCCUUAUAUGAAGCGGAGAUUCUCCAUGGUGAAUUCGGAGUGAAAUAUGCUGGAAAUUGGUCGGAAGAAGCGAACACGUGGUUGGUUGAGGUUAAACCAAUUUGCAUCGUUUUGGGAGAAAAAAUUGUGGAAAAAAUUCCGGAGGAAGAAAUAAGUAUUUUGGAAGAUUCAAUUCUAUGUAACAUAUGCGAUGUAUUCGUGGAAACUGCAGGAAUUAGUGACAAUGCGCUGCGAGAUAUUGAAGCGGAGCAUCGGAGUGAUCCGGUGCAUUUGACUCAACGGGAAAAGAUGCGGAAAAGGUUUGGAAUAUGCGAGGCGUUCAACAAGGAAAUCGAGAAAAUUAAAUCCCAUCGAAUCAAACUAGCGAUCAGCGCAAAUGGCUACCCGAGGCAGUAG